CACGUUCCCACUCUUAAUCACCCAAAAAUUAAAACAAAGACGUGCUCACAUCUCAUCUCACUCCCUCACCAGCUCACUUCACUCUCUCCAUCUUUUUUUUUUUAUAAUCAUCUCUCUCAAUCAUCAUUUUUGAUCAAAGAAAAAGAUCACACCAUAUGGCUCUCGACACUCUCAAUUCUCCCACCUCCACCACCACCACCAACGCUCCUCCUCCUCCUCCUUUCCUCCGCUGCCUCGACCAAACCGAGCCCGAGAAUCUUGAAUCAUGGACCAAAAGAAAACGCACGAAACGACACCGCACAGAUCAAUCCAACCCUCCUUCCGAAGAAGAGUAUCUCGCUCUUUGCCUCCUCAUGCUCGCUCGUGGCUCCUCCGAUCAUCACUCUCUACCGUCCGAUCAUCACUCUCCUUCUUCUCCACCGUCCGAUCAUCAAAAAGAUUACAAGUGCUCAGUCUGUGGCAAAUCUUUCCCGUCUUACCAAGCGUUAGGUGGACACAAAACCAGUCAUCGGAAACCGGUUAGUAAUAAUAAUAACGACGACGGUAAUAAUAACACCAACGGCUCCGUUACUAAUAACGCAAAUAUUACUAGUAACGGUUUGGUUGGUCAAAGUGGGAAGACUCAUAACUGCUCUAUAUGUUUUAAGUCGUUUCCGUCUGGUCAAGCAUUGGGUGGUCACAAACGGUGUCACUACGAUGGUGGUGGUGGUAGUAACAGUAACAUGCCUAGCCACGGGUUUGACCUGAACUUACCGGCUGAUCAAGUUAGCGAUGGGAAAAGUCAACUCUCCGACGACGAAGUUACAAAGUCGGUGUUGUGAUUAUUAUUAUUAUUAUUAUAAUUUUUACCGAUCGGGCUUAGCUAGCUAGUGAUCGAUCAUUAGCUGAGUCUUGUGUAAUGAAAACGAUUGGAGUGGACUAUUGGAUUAUUUUAAAUUUCUAUUUUACGUAUACGAAAAGAUAAAAUCUUCAAAUGUUUAUUCGUUGUUGGUUUUUGUUUAUAGAAAGUAAAAAAAAAAAAAGAAAAAAAAA